AUGGAAUGCGAGAGGAUCUGGGAAAUUAAGACCCUCCUGAACGACUUCCGCUAUGCAACUAUCAUCACCAACUACAAGGGAAAUCGAGAGGAUUCCAACAAUUAUCGGGGCAUCUCACUCCUGAGUAUUGUGAGUAAGGAGAAGUGUCAAGAGCAACAACAGCCUGCAAUGUUCAUCUUCUGGGAUCUAAAGAAAGCCUUUGACAAAAUCCCCUGUCCUGCAAUGUGGACAGUCCUUGCUCGUUUUGGAUGUCCGGAGGACUUUAUUGCCCUUCACGACAGCAUGGUUCUCUCCAGUAUUGCUAUAUUUCUAUUCAACAUCGUCUUUCUUGUAUCAUCGGCAUCAAUUCCAACCGAGUGUAAAAUACCAACCAAUCUGAAAGUUGAAUACGAGAGUUUGACCAGUGCAGCCAGUGGCAAUAACUUUUUUCUACCAGCUGAAAUAGCUCCAGCCGCAAGUAAGCAGAACACCCUGACAGACGGAGAUAAAACUUGCCCAACGGCUUCUGUAGCCAGCAAUAUCAUCCGUGAACGUUCAACCUGCCCUUGGUACCUGAACAUUACCCAUGAUUCAACAGUUUUCCCUCCAUCCCGCACCGAAGUUGUGUGUCGCUGUAAAGACUGUUUCGAUUCUGACAGCAACCACGAAUGUGUGAUGGUAUAUACUCCAAUGACUGUCCUUAAACGUAGCGAUGAAUGUGUUGAUGGACUGUACGUGUAUAAACCAAAAGUAAUUCAAAUAGCUACAGCUUGUGCGUGUGCACGAAAAGUCGAAAUACAAAGUGAUGGAAGCGACGAUGAAUACGCGUCGUAA